GUUUUGCCUUCUAUAAUGUGAUUUCCUUUACUUCUUUCACUUUGUUGCUGGAAAAAAGCCCAGUUUUUUUGGUGACAUCCUAUAUAGAAUAGUGCUGUUUCCAUGCAGCUGCAUUUUUUCUUCCAAUGGAAACAAGUGACCGGUGUCUACAGGAGUAAGGUUAAUGUACCCAUUUGGCUUUACCAGAUGCUGGCUAUUAUUUGGAGGGAAUGGUUUAGGAGUUUAUGUUGUCAUUCAUUUUUGCUGUUCUUUCGACAAUUUCCCUUAAAGCCAGAACAGAAACCAGAUAGAGUCGAUGUACAAGGUGGGAUUAGCUUCUGUCAUACUCGAUUCCUUUUAUAUAUCAUGACUCAGGAAACUUUGAUUUGGUGCGAUUUAGGUAGGGUGUUGCUCAUGUAGCAAUCAUACAGUACAGUAGCAAAUGAUGGGUUUGAGAACUUUGUGCUGGAGUGCGGUUUUAUUGUUUCUCUAAGAAAAAAUAAAAUAUAGAGUGCUAAAUUUAAUUUAUAAAACAGUAAAACCUAGUUGAAAUCAGCCAACUUCGUGUUAUUGUGUGGGUAAUAAUCAAUAUCCUGAUGAGAUAUAUAUAAUUUUUGCAUUUUUCACUACAUGCACUACCAUUUGUUGAUGUGCGAACUUAUGCUUGUGGAACAUCAAAUCAUUUAGAAACAAUGAUCCAACAAUCCCUUGAUGUUCAAGUUAAUAUCAUUUUCUUUCCCUUUUAGUUGGUGUAGAGCUGGACCCACAUAGUUCCAUGAAUCUGAAGUAUUGCUUUCCACUCUUGAUCUUGUGGGGUUGCCCAUUUUGAAUCUAGCCUUGUUUUCUUUUCCUUUCACCCAUCAUCUCAUAGCUCUGUAUGCAACAGCUACUUUCUCCCACUGGUAAAUUUUAUCAUCGUAAGGUGACAUGAAUUCAAUUAUUAUAUUCAAUCACCAAAAAAAAAAAGUGAUAUAAAUAAUUUUCAAUGUAGAUGAAGUUUCAAAUACUAAAUUCGAAACGUAUACAAACAACUCUUGCCCGAAAAUCCCCCAACCAACUGAAUAUUUUUUUUAUUUUUAUUAUUAUUUGAGUGUGUUUAUUUAGCAAUUGAGUUAACCUGGCAGAGUUUUGAGUCACACAGUGCAAUACUUUCAUAUAUAUUGUCAACUCUCAAUCUAAAAGAGAGAUUGUAACCGAUUGUGGUUGCAUUUCUUUGUUCCAACAAUUUAGGUAAUGAGUUUGCAUCUCAACAACUAUUUGGUGAGGACCCUUCAUAUCAUUUUUCUAUCAUCUUUCUUUUACUUGAAGAAAUCGCUUUCUGAGCUAAUGCCUCACCCAAUGAAAUCACACGAAAACACAAUAUUAAUCAUAUGUAUGUCAGUUGGUUCCCGCCAUUUUUCAAUAACCUUCUGAGACCUUCUCAGUGAUCAAACAUUUUAUCUCAGUGAUCAAACAUAAAAUGCCGUAUUACACCUUUGAGUCCUCUACGUCGCUGAUCCCCUAUUAAAUUAUCUGCUGAUCCCCUAUUAAAUUAUCUUCAGUUCGAUUUGAGGAACAGUGACCAUAGUAUUCAUCAGAAUAGUCAGAUUCCAGCUUUUGUAUCCCGUUUAGAGAGAUGGUUUUGUUAGAAAGAUCAAAGAAAAGGGCCCAACUAUGGAAAAAAGCAACAGUCCAUUUCUUGCUAUGUUUUCUUAUGGGAUUCUUUACAGGAUUUGCUCCAACGGGUGAGCCUUCAAUCUUUUCUAAUCGUGUUGUUGCCUCAAAUCGAUCAGAGUUUUCACCACAACCUGUUGAAGUACUGUUAAAUCAAGACAUGACAGAAAGUGGGGAUUUUAAUAGAAGUUUGAUGGUUGAUACUCCAGUGGCAGCCCCAACAAGGUCUAAUGAUUCCGAACCAGCAACUUUCUUGGAAGAAGAAAAAGAAGAGCCUAAAUUGAUUCCCAGAAAGCUUAUUAUCAUUGUUACUCCAUCAAGCACGAAGGACAGGUUUCGAGAGGUGCUGCUAAGGAGGCUAGCAAACACAUUAAGAUUGGUUCCUCCACCAUUGCUAUGGAUUGUUGUGGAGGCACAGUCAGAUUCAUCUGAAGUGUCUGAACUGCUUAGGAAAACAGGUGUUAUGUAUAGGCAUUUGGUCUCCAAGGAGAAUUUUACAGAUCCUGAAGUUGAAAGGGAUCAUCAGAGAAACGUCGCACUUAAUCACAUUGAGCACCACCGGCUAAGUGGAAUCGUUCAUUUUGUUGGACUUUCCAAUGUUUAUGAUCUUAGCUUCUUCGAUGAGAUCAGAGCAAUUGAGGUGUUUGGGACAUGGCCAAUGGCAUUAUUAUCUGCAAACAGGCAAAAGGUAACAAUUGAAGGACCUGUAUGCGAUUCUUCGGAAGUUAUAGGAUGGCAUUUGAGGCGAAUGAACAAUUUAACAGACACAAGAUCUCCAGUACAUGUAUCAAGUUUUGCCUUCAAUAGUUCGAUUCUCUGGGAUCCAGAAAGAUGGGGCCGUCUUUCGUCUGCACAAGACACCUCACAGAAUUCAUUCAAAUUCGUCGAGAAAGAAGUUCUUGAAGAGGAGACCAAGCUAAAAGGAAUCCCAGCUAAAGGUUGCUCCAAAAUCAUGCUCUGGCAUCUUCAUAUUCCAAAAGGAACAACUAAAAAUAAUCUUUUGGAUACUUCAUUGAAUGGUGACAGGAGAUAACAGAGAAGAGGCCAGGGAAAUGAAGAGGGGGAGGAAUGCAACAUCCAUUGAUCAAAUAUCUCUUCUUUGUUUUUUUUUUUCCUUUAUAUAUAUAUAUAUAUAUAUAUAUAUAUAUAUAUAUAAAGAAUUAAUUUUUUAGUUUUUUUAACUUUAUAUUUUCUCAUUUUUUAAAAAUUUUGUAACUGUUCUAUAUUUGGACUACCUCAUUCUUGUCGCUGAAAUAUGAAGCAUAAAUUCCUGGAAUCUGCAUGAUCAUUGAUUUUUUAUUUUUUAUUUUAUAUUUUUUUGUAGAAUUAUUAUCACACUAAUCUAUGGCAUGAACUCAACCAGUAAAAGGGUACUACCAUCAUCUAAUUAUUAGCAUCUAAAGUCCCACUUCUUUGUUUACUAGUUGUCUGCAUCAUGAUGUCUGAAGAAUUCUUACCAAGUACAGGAACCAUUGUU